AAGCAUAUUUGUCGCUGUUGAAAACAAUUGUGCCUAAGGUCAUAUAUUUUAUAGAUUUUUAUAGAGUUUAUCUAAACGUUAAUUUUUAGCAAGAAAAUGUCAAAAUCUCUGAAGAAGAUAGUGGAGGAAAGUAGAGAUAAAAAUCUUCCCGAGGUGGAUAUGUGCGACAGGGGAAUAUCGAACAUGCUGGACAUUCCUGGAUUAUUUACAUUGUCUAACAUAACUCAACUUGUCUUGAGCCACAACAAACUCGCAACUGUGCCUCCAAACAUUGCUGACCUUAAGAACUUAGAGGUAUUGAACAUGUUCAACAAUCAGAUAGAAGAACUGCCCACUCAAAUCAGCAGCCUUCAGAAACUGAAACACCUGAACCUGGGGAUGAACAGACUGAGCACACUGCCCAGAGGAUUUGGUUCUCUCCCAGCACUGGAGGUCCUGGAUCUCACUUACAACAACCUGAACGAGUCCUCACUGCCAGGGAACUUCUUUUACCUUACCACACUGCGCGCACUCUAUCUCAGUGACAACGACUUCGAGUUCCUGCCCCCAGACAUCAGCAAACUGGCCAAGCUGCAGAUACUGAGUCUGAGGGACAAUGACCUGAUCUCAUUGCCUAAAGAAAUAGGAGAACUGGCCCAGCUGAAAGAGCUGCAUAUCCAGGGCAACAGGCUGACUGUGCUGCCUCCUGAACUUGGAAAUCUGGACCUGACUGGCCAGAAGCAGGUGUUUAAAGCAGAAAAUAACCCCUGGGUGACUCCCAUAGCAGAUCAGUUCCAGCUGGGCGUAUCCCACGUUUUUGAAUAUGUCCGCUCUGAGACCUACAAGUAUCUUUAUGGUCGACAUAUGCAGGCCAAUCCUGAAGCGCCCAAAAAGAAUAAUGACAAAUCAAAGAAGAUCAGCCGCAAGCCCCUGGCAGCCAAAAACAAGUAAAGUUAAGGAGAGGUGAUGAAGAACUCAUAUCUGCCUGUCCAAGAUACCUUAAUGCAUGUGCCUUUCCAUACUUUUCUAUUUAUUUACCAAUGGAACACAAAACUUAUUUUAUACUCUUUGUGUGUUUCUCAUGUUUGGCCUCACAAUGCCUAUGCCAUGUCUCAAACAGCCAUCAGAGUAUUUCUUCUUCUUUUAUCUAGGCCCUCUUAGUGAAUCUACUGUGGUAUUUAUUGCCCUUCUAUCAAAUGCUGCAGCAUGCUUUUAUAAGGGUUACUUAUAAAGCCAUUGAAUAUUAUGUAUCUAUAUAUUACUGUGACACAUUGUGCAGAUAAAGCCAUAAACAUUCAUAGCUUUGAUUUUUUGUAUCAUUUCAGUUUUUGCUUUGAGAGUUGCGAAGUGUUGCUAUGGAUAGCAUAACGCCCCACAUUAGUUUACUUUAUUAUAAUCCAAUAGCUUUUAAUUAGGUUAAUGUUAUAAAUGUACCUUUACCGAAUUUACUGACUGUAGUCCAUCCCAGUACCAUGCACAAUUUAUCUACCACCCUUGCACGAUACGUCACUAUUCACUUUUUGACCACAGAACCACCGCUGCUGAUAUAUUUGUGUAGUGAAACAUUUUCAACCCAAAAGUGACACUGACAUGGUUGUGGCAUGUUAUUAGGUGAUGUGCUUGGACAAGCGUAUUGGGCCCAGCAGUGUUGCAGAAGUUUUUAAAUGCUAAAGUGCUGAGUUAAGAGUAGUCUGCCACCCUGAAAUAUCGAGCCAACAAUGCACUGUGGUCCUCUGGCCGUUGAUAAUAGCAGGAACACUAACAUUGAUUACCACAUUGUGCAUGGCUACAGAUGGGUAUGGUCUACAGCUAUACACCUAAAAGUUACCAGGUGGAUGUAUUUAAUGUUGUCAGUGGGUGUGGAUGACAACAUAUGAAAUUAGAUAUGGUAACACAUUUUGAGUGUCGCAGAGCUUUAAGCAUCUAUGAUUCUAAUGCUAAUUAGAUGUUUUAGAAUAAUAUAAUGUGCCUUUUAUUAGUUUUCUUUUUUACAGUAAGACUUAGAACACACCAUCAAAUACAGUUGUAUUAUGAAAGUAUCUCCAUAUAUCAUGAGAUGGUUUUGCAUGCUGAUCAGAUUGGAUGAUUAAUUGAAUGUUAUGUGUAGUCCACCAUUUACUAGUUGGCCAUCUGCAAUGAAGAAAUAAUUUUAUUAUAUCUAACUGUUUUCAUUUGAACCGCAGCUUUUCUGAAGAACAUUUUUUAGCUUCUGGUGCUGGGCUCAGCAGUGAUGGGUGUUGCGUAACUGAAGGGGGAUUUUGGAGGGGUUUAAGGAAUUUAGGUGCGUUUGUGCAGAAUAGUGUCCUGCCUCCAGUGGCAUGCAUCUGUCUUUUCCCUCUGCCAUGCUUCUUGCCUUACUGACUCAUAUGAAUGGCUGCAAACUGGAGUUUGCAAUAGUUCAUCAAUUGGAAACCAGUCCCAGAACAACAAUGCAGUCCGUUUCAGUGUUAUUCAAGAAUGGAGUGCUAUUCAAAGAAUGGAGAGCUUGUUCAUCUAAAACUCUACAUCCAAAAUAUAGAGCCAAACACAGCAUCGGUUUACAAUUCAAUAUUGUCCGUGUCAAAGUGUACAUGUACUGUACUAAACCAGCUAUUUUGAGAGAACUCAAAAUGUAAGGUAGCAAGGUUCCCCAAAUCUACAUCAAGAGCAUUGGUAUUAAUAUGUUUAAUAUUUAUUGUCAUAGGUUUGUAAACAUUUUAUUACAGCAGCAAUUAAAGAAUGUACCUUUUCAUACUUUGAAUUUGCUUUGUCACUCUGUCAUAUUUCAUUUUCUCUAAUAAACUACUCACUUUGACUGUUA